AUGACCCAUUUUUCGAAAGAGGGGGAGGGCAAGGGGUUUCCGAAAGGGAAAACCGGGAGGGGAAAUGCUCACGCGGAAGAGCGAGACGACGUAGCUAUUACAGCCAAAAGUCGUGACGCCCGUGGUGGCGAAGCUGCAUGGGGCUAUGCCGAGCAAGCCAGAAAACCAAAGAGACGAAACCGUGAAGAACCCUCUACUCAAAUAAUCAGGGCACGUCGUACCGGUGGCGUCGCCAUAGACGAAAUAUCGCGCGCAUGCGCCAUCCGUGACCCACUUCCCGUUCACGUCAAGACAGCCGUUGACGCUGGUUGUGGAGCCGGAGACCUGAGAGACGAGGAUGUCGCCGCAGCCGGAGAGCUUGACGUCGCGGCGGGAGAGGGCGGAGUGCGGUUCUGGAGCGCGUGA